AUGUCUCUGCUUCCAUUGCUCCUUCUCCUCCUCCUGAUUGUGGUGACAGCAUCUUGCACAGAAACAGAAAACUGUGAGAAUGUCCAAAAGACCUGCCCUGUGAUUGCCUGUGGUUCUCCAGGCAUCAGCGGCUUCCCAGGCAAAGAUGGGCGUGAUGGUGCCAAGGGAGAAAAGGGAGAACCAGGCCAAGGACUCAGAGGCUUGCAAGGCCCUCCUGGAAAGGCAGGGCCUCGGAAUCCCGGGACUCCUGGGUUACCAGGACCAGUGGGCCAAAAAGGAGACCAUGGAGAUGAUUUGGGUGACCAUAUUACCCUGGCUGCUUCAGAAAGAGCAGCCCUGCGAUCAGAAUUGGACCGUAUCAAAAAGUGGCUGAUCUUCUUUCAGGGCAAACAAGUUGGGAAGAAGUUCUUCCUCAGCAACGGUAAAGAGAUGACCUUUGCUGCAGUGAAGGCUCUGUGUGCCCAGUCCCAGGCCUCUGUGGCCACCCCUAUGAACGCUGAAGAAAACAAGGCCAUCCUGGUGUUAGCCAGUGCAGAGGCCUUCCUGGGCAUCACAGAUGAGAAGACUGAAGGCCAGUUUGUGGAUCUGACAGGAAGGGAGUUAACCUACCAAAACUGGGAUAGUCAUGAGCCCAACAACGCUGAUUCUGGGGAAGACUGUGUGAUCAUCUUGAAAAACGGCAAGUGGAAUGACAUCACCUGUUCCUCCUCCUUCUUGGCUGUCUGCGAGUUUCCUGCCCGAGAGAGCAUGACCCUCAGGUCCUCUUGUCCCUUCAUUCAUCUCACAGGUCCACAGUCUGAUUUGAAAGAUAAGUCUAUAUCAAUUUCCCACACCCAGUAUUGA